CGGUCGCUUUUGUCGGCUCCAUGUCCGCCCGCUUAUAAGUGAGGAACACGACCGGGACUUCAGUCAGACAUCCACCCGGGCGGAGGACACGCAGGUGCGCGGCGCUCAAACCGAACCAGCAGCGAUGCCUCACACCUUGUCCCCACUGUGCGUCCUGGGACUCCUCGCCCUUUCCUCCGCCUGUUACAUCCAGAACUGCCCCCGAGGCGGGAAACGAGCGCUCCCGGAGACUGGGAUCAGGCAGUGCAUGUCUUGUGGCCCUGAAAACAGGGGCCGCUGCUUCGGCCCCAGUAUCUGCUGCGGGGAGGGCCUCGGCUGCCUGCUGGGCUCCCCAGAGGCAGCCCACUGUGUGGAGGAGAACUACCUGCUCACCCCCUGCCAGGCAGGAGGGAGGCCCUGUGGAUCUGAGGGAGGACGCUGCGCUGCUUCAGGACUCUGCUGUAAUUCCGAGAGAUGUGCGGUGGACUCUGACUGCCUGGGGGAGGCCGAGGCCUCAGAUUCUGCCCAGGGUUCUGCAGGGAGCUCACCUGCAGAGCUGCUGCUCCGCCUGCUGCAUGUGGCCACCAGACGGCAGACUGAGUACUGACACUGCAUCCAUGGGGGUACCUCUGCUCCUCGAGGGGCUUGGAGGUGCAACAGAAAUGAAGAUCAUCUCUGUUCUAGUAUAAGCCUUAGAAUUCAAACCUUGAACCAAUAAAAUACCGAGUUAAACUUUGCUCUCUCUCCACCCCUUCUGCUCUGCUAACUCUGUAUCUGUAAAGAAAGUUUAUGGUCGCAGGCAGAGAACUAUCUUCAACUUGUUUACUGAUUGGCUAGUUCUAUCCAGAUCAUCGGCUAGAGGAAUCAUAGUAAUGGGUAUGACGACAGUUGAUUUCAAUGUAUAUACUAAUGCAAAUACUGUAAACAAAGUUUAAUCUUUAUGAGGGGAUAUUAUGCACCUCAGAGCUCCAGUUAGAACGAGUGAGUUAUAGCAGAAAACACUGUAAAUACUAUU